CACCUUCAUACGUAUGUCGAGACUCCGGAGAGGAAACAUCGAAACACACGCAGACAUACAAGUUUCAGGCAAUCUUCGUUCGAUUAUCUCCGUUGAGACUUGAGAGCGAGCUAAAAUUUGACCCGCCGCUUCCCUUCCCAGCGCCGCUCGGGACGGUGGCCACCGUGACACGGCCUAGCCUAGGGUUCCGUUCGCCGGCGAUGUCGCCGCCGCCGCCGCCGUCGGGGCGGACGCUCGUCGACCUCGAUGGCGACGUGUUGGCCCACUGCGCGCGCCACCUCGGCGCCCGCGACGUCGCCAGCCUCGCCAUGGCCUGCCGCCCGUUGCACGCCGCCGCCUACUGCGACGCCGUCUGGUAUCGCCUCUACAGGGAGCAGUGGCCAUUUCAACAAGUACCUUGUGGAGCAUUGGGGCUUAGAGAACUAUACAUUCAGAGGCACACUGAAGUACAUCAAAUGAAAUUUGACGAUCCCCUGUCAUCUAUUUAUUAUCAAAAUCCCAUAGGAUCAACACCAAGCCAUCUAUUGCUUGAUAAGAACCGCGUUUGUUUCUCUCAGGGCCCAGUAGCCAAAAUUUUAAAUGUGACACUUGGUUCGCUGGACAAUGAAUUGGUGGAAACUUACAGGUCUCAUAGUGCAAGGAUCACUUGUAUGCGAUUAUUCCCACUAAUCGACACCCCGUUGUUUCGAAGUGAUACACAUACAAAGGAAAAGGCAUUAGUCACUUCAAGCACAGAUAGAACUGUUCGUCUUUGUUGGAAGGGCUGCUCACGCUCUUACAAGGGCCAUUCAGGACCUGUCACUGCUCUGGCCGACAAAUUGCUUUGUGAUGGUGAAUUUAAAGUACUUGCAACUGGAGGGGAAGACUGUGCCAUUCGUCUCUGGUCUAUGAGUACGAAAGCGAAAAGUCACUCUCUAAUAUCAACUUUGCAUGGACAUGAAAAAACACUGUCACUUCUAUCUGUUGCUUGGCAUAAAUCCUCCCUGCUGGUGAGCAGUUCCAAAGAUUCAAAGGUCAAAGUGUGGGACACGAUGGCACCUCCUUCCAGUGUCUCGUCAUCUUGUGUUGGGGGUACUCACCUUAACUCAAGUGGUCCACCGAUUGCAAUGAAAUGUCAUCAGUCCCUUUGUUACAUUGCUGCUGGAUCUGAAGUGACAGCAAUUGACUUGAGGACAAUGAAGAAGGCUUCUGUUCUUGCACUUUGUAACCAAAGAAUAAUCUCUUGUGAAAUGCUGCCUUCUGAAUGGUUAAUAUGCACUGGUGUAAAAGACAAGGCACUUCUAUGGGACAUCCGCAAGUCUCAAGAACUCGCAAACACAGUUGCAGAACUGCAUUCAGAUGGUCCUGUCACAUUGCUUCACUUGGAUCCAUACAAGGUAGUGACUGGAGCACCAUUGGAUGGUCAGGUCCAUGUUUGGGAAACCCAGACGGGCCGCUUGGUGAACACGUUGAGUUGCGGCGAGCCUGGUAAAUCACCAGGAGGAACCACAGUGUCAGCCAUGGCCGUGGACGGAUGUAGGAUUGCCACCACAGAGAGUUCGGCAGAAGGCAUCCUGUUGCACUACCGAGACUUUAUGAGCUCCUCGGUUCCUGUAGCUUUACCUGGUAAGGAGGUUUCCAAGUUCUGGGGGCCUCAAGAAUAUGCCGAUGGCGCCAGCGAGGAUGAAGAUUAGCAGAAGUAUAUCCUAUGUAACAAAAAGGUAGCAUUGCAUACAAGGUGAGAUUUUGAGAGCUCAUGCGUUAUGUUAGCUCAUGCACAUCUGUCUCUUAGCCUCUCUGUGCUUAGGGGGUCUGUACCACCCAUGCAGGAAGAAUACUACAUUAGCUACUGUGCUUGAGGACAUCUUCCGUGGCUACAUACAUUAUUAUCAUUUUGAUUUAUCCAGCCACACUGCUUACGCAAAGGCUCCUGUUGUUCUCUUCGCUAUUAAAUUACAGUUAAUUUAGCUUGAGUCUCAAAAAGGCGACCUAUUUACUCAGUAUUUCUCUCAGUAUUCUUCUAAAGGUAUAACUGCUGAAGCAGCUAUAGCGUAUCGGCAGAAGUCCAGCAGCACAAAUUUCUGUUUUCGAGCUUUUGCUGACAAUCAUGUCACCAUUGUAAGCUUUUCUCACAUCUCAAGAAGCAUCCCUACACUUUGACCUCUUCAGAAGUCUGAUGGCCUCAGUUAUUGCGAUCAGUGACCAAGAUGAAGAUAGUUUGAAUCUUUAGAAAUUUCACAGGUCAAAAAACAUUUUUGGAGAAAGUUCAUCAAAUCGAAGAACUGUGGCACAUGAUGUGAAGUUUGUAAAGACUACUAUGUAAUAUUUUGUGAGCGUAUAAUACCAGAUAGGAAAGGAACAAAGUAAAUUAUCUGGUGAUCACAUCGAGCUGGUAAAUCCGACUGCCAAUUGUUAGUUUAAAAUCUGCAGAAGAUUUUACCACAGUGGACACAAAGUGUGCAUAAGACUUCACCUAGGUCUAAGUCUAGUAUGAAGAACUUUGGCCUGUAAUCUUCAGAGAAUUGGCUGGUCAUACAUAUUGCUUACCAUUGUUUAUUACCCAAACUUAUUAAAAAAAUGGUACUUUGGGUUUGUGCAAUUCAACCAUCCCCUGUUUAACUUGCAGUGCAUUGAAGUCAUGUCACAGCCCAAGUUGCCAAUGCAAGUGUUCACACGUUACAAAUCCCAUGGUGCUAUUGCUAAGGACAGAGAUCUUUGGUUAGUCCGUGGAACCAAUUGUCCUGUUACACAUGUAAUCUUGGAGCUGAUUGGCAUGAGAAAGUCUUGGGUUUACUUUUUAUAAGAGUUGCUUGAGCUGUUAAGAGGUACCAUCUUAGAUGUUGACAGACUGUUGGUUUUCUCGAGCUUUCCAAGUAGACUUAAGAAUAAACCAUGUGCCAUUUCAGGGUUUGCAUAUUAAGUUUGAAGGGGCAGAACUCUGUUCUUUUAUUAUUAGGAAAUAUCCCAGCUCUAAUCACCUCUCAUGCUCAGAGAGUCGGCGUAGUUCCUAUUUCAAUUGAGAUCAUAACAUUUUAUUUUAUAAGAUUUUCUCCACAUCCUUUUUGUACCCAAAAAUAAUAUUUUGAGUGAAUUACAGUUUUCUAUUUCAUUAGAGUGGAUUUGCUUUAGCUUUUCACUGUGAUUCAUGCCAGUAGCUUAUAUACAUCCUUUUUUUUUAAUAAUGGAAGCAAAAGCUCAACCUGAAGCUCAACGUAGAGACAGAAAGUUUACAACUUCUAAUAUUAUAAUGUAGCACCGCGAAUAUGCCUUCUGUUGCAGCCCUUUUAGGAAGUCAGUUUCAAGUAAGUGAGAACAGGAGGAUGGCUUGCAUCAUCCUUGUGUGCUGCAGAGACAAGUUGAGACGGGCCAUUUCCUGGAAACUGACUAAUGCAGCCUCAUCUCUUAGCUCAUUCCCACUGUUAAUGCUAAUGAUGCUUACAUGGGCAAUAACCUAACCCUAGCAAUUUAACAACUGUUGUAUCACAGGUCAUGGCACUACCAGAAAAUUAAUGGAGAUGUCAAUGCCACAAGAGAAUAGUCUAUGCUACCUUAAGAGAAUUGGCAUGCAGGGAUAAAAUUUUAGUGCAUAAGAACUCAGCUCGAAUUCUGAGGUUACCUUACCCACCUUUACAUGUGUCUGUGGCUCUGUGCUGCCAUGCGGUUGCUUUUACCUAGCAUAUUAAUAUACUCUACACGUUAUGUUUCAAAAAAAAAUUACUACUGCACUUGAUCAUACCAUUCUGAAUCACCCCCAGGAAAAUUCAGGCUGGUCCAGAAAGGUCAAUAGAAGUGAACAUUUCAUCUGUGUCGUGAGCUACUACCAGGUUGCUGCAUUCUUUGUCUGAAUCCUUUCAAGGAAGAAUACAUGCUAUGACUUGGGGCGCUGUUUGGAAGAAUGGUAUAUUGGUAUUUCUUGGUAAGUUUCUGGUUUGAGACACAACUUGACUGAAUACUCAAACUUUACAGUGAAAUGAUCCCCUGCCAUGUGGUCCCUUAGUUGUGGUAUGGUAUUCUUCCAGUAACACACUGCUCUGAAGAUUGGACAUUGACAAAACUGUAUAGCAGUCAUCUCUUUAAUUUAACAAUCUGAAGUAAUAGCAGAUCCAAAGUUUCUGUGUUGAAAGCGAAAUAUGUACUAGCAUUUCACAUAAUAAAUGCUAAUGUUCUUUAUUAGUCCUGCUCUCUUGAAGGUUCCCUCUCUUCACAUGGACUUCAAGAAUUACUGUUCAAAUCUUGAUCAUGGUCAAGUAACUGUAAAUUACUAUAUGAUACAAAUCGCCAUUAAUGUUCUAAAUCUGACAAGGAAGUCUUAUAGGGCGGUAUGAGCUGUGACAAUUGACUUCUUACUGUACCUAUCCAUUAUUAGUCCUAUAGUUCAGUCUUUGCUAACACAGAUCCAUGAUCUGACAUUUCCAUAGCAUCUGACAAAUUGUUGACCUCAAGUAUUUUGAUGCACAAACUGCAAGAAGAUCCCACAGAUACUAUUCCUUUUGUGUCUAAACUACAUUAGAAAUGCCCCCAUAUGCUGUGUCCUUGAUCUGGUCCAUGUGCAGCACAUCUGACCUGCCAAAAAUGACUAGCUUCUGAGUUCUGACUUUGCAGUUUUCAUCUCAGGACCCAGUAAUCCAUGAGAAUACUACCAACAACAUUUGACAGCUAGCAAACUCGCAAGAAUCGUCGAUGAUGCAAGUUUGAAUUGCGAAGAUCGUUCGACGUCACAGAAGGGAGGAAAUUUUGAAAUCGCCAGAGGAAGAUGUAGCAGUGCCUUCCAAGCAUCAAACACCUAGAGGAAACAGGAGCCAAAGAAUAGUAUAUUUGUUAUCCCAGUUGAUUAAUACACUUGGGCAAAGGAGCCUGAGGUCUUUCCUUAACAAAAAUGUGCUCGAAAUAUCAAAUCGUGAUGAUCCCACCUUUAGGUCCAAAGUUUUGACCAGACCGUUGAAAAAGCCUUGGUGCUCACAUGAUGGAUGCAUCAUCCAGCAAGUCUUCACCUUCGGUUUCUUUGUAUCUUAGCUGUAUUCAUUUGGGAAACGAUUAAUAAGUGUUUAGGAAUUAGGUAGGAAAGACGCCUCCUCGACGCAGCCAUUGACUAACCGUGCAGUUUACUUGAGCUGA